AUGAACGACAACCUGAACGGCUUCCACGGCGACUCGUUCAUUGAUGAAGACUGUUUCCUCUUCACCUCCGAGUCGGUGGGAGAAGGACACCCCGAUAAGAUUUGUGACCAGAUCAGUGAUGCUGUGUUGGAUGCACACCUCUCACAAGACCCUGAUGCCAAAGUAGCAUGUGAGACUGUUGCUAAGACGGGGAUGAUACUGCUUGCCGGGGAGAUCACCUCCAGAGCCACCGUUGAUUAUCAGAAGAUUGUCAGAGAGACAAUCAAGGACAUUGGCUAUGAUGACUCCUCCAAAGGCUUCGACUAUAAGACCUGCAAUGUGCUGGUGGCUCUGGAGCAGCAGUCCCCGGACAUCGCUCAGGGUGUUCACCUGGACCGAAAUGAAGAGGACGUAGGAGCCGGUGACCAGGGUCUGAUGUUUGGAUAUGCUACUGAUGAAACUGAGGAGUGUAUGCCCCUCACUAUCAUCCUGGCCCACAAGCUCAAUGCCAAGAUGGCUGAAUUGCGCCGAAAUGGAACACUACCGUGGCUCCGGCCUGAUUCCAAAACUCAGGUGACCGUUCAGUACAGGCAGGAUCGAGGUGCCAUGGUGCCGCUGCGUGUCCACACUGUUGUGGUGUCUGUGCAGCACGAUGAAGGCAUCAGUUUGGAUCACAUGCGUCAUUGUCUGAAGGAGCAGGUGGUGAAAGAUGUGAUUCCCACUGGUUACCUCGAUGAAAACACCAUAUACCACCUGCAGCCCAGCGGCCGCUUUGUCAUUGGUGGACCUCAGGGUGAUGCCGGUCUGACUGGACGUAAGAUCAUAGUCGAUACUUACGGGGGUUGGGGAGCUCAUGGGGGCGGAGCUUUCUCUGGGAAAGACUACACAAAGGUAGACCGCUCCGCAGCCUAUGCCGCCCGCUGGGUGGCCAAAUCUCUGGUAAAAGCUGGGCUCUGCAAGCGUGUGCUGGUUCAGGUCUCCUAUGCAAUUGGAAUUGCCCAUCCCCUCUCUGUCUCCAUCUUCCAUUAUGGGACAUCCCAGAAGAGUGAGAGGGAGCUGUUGGACAUCGUCAAUAAAAAUUUUGACCUCCGUCCAGGGGUUAUCGUGAGGGAGCUUGACCUAAAGAAGCCCAUCUACCAGGGCACUGCAGCUUAUGGCCACUUUGGUCGGGACGUCUUUUCGUGGGAGGUGCCCAAGAAGCUGAAAUUCUGAACCCCUCCUCUGAUCUCCCAGCAGGCCUUAGGUGUAUUACAGAUAAACCUGUGUUCGUCUUCGUCCCUCCUUUCGCCUCCUCCUUUCGCCUCCUCCUUCCUCCUCCUCUUCUCACCCCUUCUCACCCCUUCCUCCUUGCACGCACAGCCACAUCACCACAGCCUCUACAUCAUGAAAACAUGCCCUCUUCCCACCUGUUGGUCGUGUACACAUCCUUGAAGAGACAACAUAUGUAUUUCAGUUGCCAAAAUAUUCAACUGAGCAGUGUUGGAGAAUUGGUGCAUUCAGAUUUGAGCAGUGGUGCCAGCUUUUAUUAUCUUCGCUCUCGCGGCUCACCUCGUACUUUAUGCAGGGUUAAGUGUCUGGUACAAUUGACAAUUAUAUUAAAACUGUAUUUAUUGUUGAUUUCCAACAGGACCGUGGUCAUACAUGCCAGUAAUGGAAACAUUUCCAGUAUCCCACAGAUUCAAAAGUUUCUCUCAUUGCAGUUCAGGUGCAGAAGCAAUCAGAGCUUGGUGUCCUCUGCUGCUUUCUCUUUAAAUGUAAUUUCCAGUCUCACCUAUCUGCGUUGAGUUAUAGCCAUUUAGUGUUGCAUCAGCCCUGUUUCCCGUACAGCACACAUCCUGUCUGUUUUUGAAAAUUUGCACAAAUUAGAUGGAGUGAUAUAAACCUGCUUAUUUUUCCUCUCUGUGCAGUCCCUUCAGGCCAUGUUCUUUCUGACGUUUUACAGAGAAGUCAGAAGCUGCUAAUGACCUUGUGGUCUUGUUGGGCUGCACGUGGCAAAUCUCUAUAUUUGUACUUUUUGUUGGUUUAAAUCUAAUGUGAGUGUUUCAGAUGAUAAAUGUGUCAAUGUUUUACUGACCAAAAAACCCCCAAAAGGCAUGGCACAGUCCUCACCCUUCCUUAAGACUGAGUCUGGGUGUAGCUACAGAGAAACCCAGGCUCAGUUGCCUUUGGACGGGGGCUGCCUUUCUCCCAUGGCAGCAUUGUACUUGAAAUGAUUUAUAUAAUGUUUGACGAGUGAGGUAGGAGAACUGAGUAACGUGUGCCACGAUUUACCGUCUGCCACUCAGCCACACCUACACACAAUAUUAAAAACAGAACUGAUAUGGAAGCACAUGAAGAGCAGACAAAGAGAUGAGGGGCUGCGAACAAUCAGCUUAGUGAAUGUAAGACGUGACUGCUCUGGUUUUCCAAACAGAGUUAGUUCUGUAAGACGAGAACAUGGAAUCAGAUUUGUAACUGUUUGCUUGUGGAGUUUGAAUCUUCCACUGGAAUUGCACAGCACAUUAGUUCAAGUAACCCCAAAUGGAAAAGACUUUUGUUUUCAAUGUUACAUCUGCAGUAGCUCCUUUGUGAAUGUUGAGCUUGAAACUGAAGGUUAUUUUUUAAAUGUAUUUAUUUGUUUUUAGACAUAUUCACUCUGAGGGUCCUGAAUGGUAGUAGUCAAAAAUUCCAACCUUUUCCUUCAUUCCUGUUACUUUAAACCCAGGAUGUGGUGGAAACACAGUUAAUGCCUUUGCUUCCCCUGAUGUUCUUUGACUUGCUCCUUGAUACGUAGCAACACCAAGGGUGGAAAGAGUACUGGGAAAUUACACUAAUAUAAAAUAACUUUUAUUUGAUAAAAGUAAAUAGAAAAAUUAAAAAAGUAAGUUACUUACAAUGUAUUCUGAAUAAAUGCUACUGUAUUACUUUGGGUAAAGAAAGAGUUAAAAAUGUUAAAUAGUAGUAAUGUUUUAAUCAAAAAAAAUCUUAGGGUGAGCGAUAUAUUGUCUGCAUUCCCAGGUGAGAACUGAAAACCACCUAUCAAUUCAUUAGGCACUUUGUAGCAUGUGCAUAUAACUGAUAAUUAAUAGUCCAUAGACUUCAUGUAUCAGUAUUAAGCAACUAAAAUCAAAUGACCAAACAACAUACUACACAUUGGAGCAGACAAAUUGUUGCUUGGCAACGCAGUAGUUGAUGCUCUACUCUGUAAAGUGACUGACGACCAUUAGUCAUCUGUUGCACGCACACUUGAAUUUCGCUCUGUGCACCGUGAUGUCGUCCAUAAGCUGCUCUACUUCCAGCCGAAGGGACCACAGUUCGUAGCAUUUACUGUUAAGCCAGACCCAGCAUGCACCUGGCAGGUGUGUUUGAUUUUGCUUUACUGUACCUGGUCAUCAGGUGGUGCAUCGAGUCAGCAGCAGAUUUAACGUGACUCUUUUCAUUUGUUGCAUUCUCAAAAUUUGAAUAAUAUAAUAUAUAUAUCAAAGGCAAAAAUAGAACUUAAAUACUGACUGUUAAAAUUGCUCCAAAAAGUACAUGUUCUUUAAAACUACUUGUGUUACAGUAAUGUGAGUAAAUGUAGCUUGAUCCUCUCACCAGUGUUCAACACAGUAUAGUAACAGGAUUAAGGCUAAAAACAGCUGUAAAAGUGACAUUACUAUUCACUGGUCUGAUUCUUUGUCUAAGAGAUCUUCAUCUUGAUUUUAGAAAUAUUGCAUUGCGUCUCCAUAAAUUAAACUGAAAUUAGAGAUUGUUUUCUACUAACUUAUCACCAAUAUCCCAUUUAUGUUGUCUCCUAUGGCACCACCUACUGGCUCCCUGAGUGUACUCCAAAGAACCCUCCCAUACGAGCCACAGAGUGGUGCUGCAGGAGCUUUUCAGAUUCAUCUGUCUGUGAGAUCAUCCGUGAAAUGACUCAACAUUAUGUUUGCAUCCUCAAGCUCAUCCUCAACCUAAUACCUGGCUGGUGUUGUACAGAGAAACCAGCCUGUUUACAUGGUCUCCUGUUGAUGGUGGGUUAGAGGAACACACUUUUUUCACUGUUAAAUCAUUUUUGACUUUAGUGAGCCUGUCAGUGUGGUUGCUGAAUGUGUAAAAGUGCCUUUUCUGCAAUGUCUCUAAAUAGCUGACCUUACCUGACCCCUCCCCCUCCCCAGUUUCUCCCCUGAGGCAGCAACUUUUCCCUCUGACUGAAUACUUUGGUGUCUGAUCUGGUGUUUCUCUUUUAAAUCCCUCAAAUAAAGUGCACACUUGCUUGUGCUCAUGGGC